UUAGUGGAGUUACAAAACAAGACACACCUUAACCAGGUAGAAACGAAAGUAAAAGAAGAGGAAGAAGAGACGCCAUUUCGAGGCUUUAAACAUGUUAACAUUGGGUGAUUAAACAGCCACAUAUUUAGAGCCCUUGCCUUGCCCAAUCCAGUUGGUCAUGUUUUCCCCACGGGGUAGUUUUGUUUAAUAAAAAGGCCAUCUCUGCAUUCUUGUGUCCUCAUCUCAUCCCUUCGCCCACACCCUGACAGUAGAAGAACACUAAAAUGAGUUUACCCUCUGGAUCCAGUGAUGGAACAGUGACCUCUGACCCCAGUAUCAGCAGGAGGAAGAGAAAGAGAUCAGAGUCUCCAGAUCCCAGCGGUGUGUCUCUGAAGAGUAACAGAUCCAUGAUUCAUCCCCCUUUUUUCAGUGAUGAACCAGUGACCUCUGACCCUUUCAGGGGGGAGAUACCUGGCCUGAUCAGAUCUGAGCCAUCCUCUACAUCACACUAUCAGACUCGCAUCAGGCAGGACAAAACUGAAGCAGUCCUGCAGACACACACACUGGAGACUGAAGACCUGCAGAGAGUCAAAGACCAGCACAAAACCAGCAUGAAGAACAAGUAUGAGAGAUUAUUUGAGGGAACCAAACUCCAAGAGAAUGAAACCCUCCUGAACAGGAUCUACACACAGCUCUACAUCAUAGAGGGAGAGAGAGAAGGAGUGAAUGAAGAACAUGAGGUUUUACAGAUGGAGAAAACAGCCAGAACACAACACUCACAAGACACUCCAAUCUACUGCAAUGACAUCUUUAAAGCCUCACCUGAACCAGGAUGUGAGGAGAAAGACCAAAUCAAGACUGUUCUCACUAAAGGCAUCGCUGGAAUCGGAAAAACCGUCUCUGUGCAGAAGUUCAUUCUGGACUGGGCUGAGGGAAAAGCCAAUCAGGAUGUAGAUUUCAUGUUUGUGCUUCCAUUUCGAGAGCUGAACUUGAUCCGAGAUCAUCAGUACAGUCUUCACAGACUUCUGCUGGACUUUCAUCCUGAACUUCAAGAUCUGGACUCAAAGAUUUAUGAGGAGUGUAAAGUUGUGUUCAUCUUGGAUGGUCUGGAUAAAAGUAGAAUCACACUGAUGUUUUCAGAUGCUCAGAAAGUUUCUGAUGUGACUGAGACUUCAUCAGUGGGUGUGUUGAUGUCAAACCUCAUCAAAGGAGAGCUGCUUCCCUCUGCUCUCAUCUGGAUCACCUCCAGACCAGCAGCAGCAAAUCAGAUCCCCUCCAAAUACAUCAACCGUCUGACAGAAAUUCAGGGAUUCAAAGAGCCUCAGAUAGAGGAAUAUUUCAGGAAGAGAAUCUGUGACAAACAUCAAACCAGCAGAAUCAUCUCACACAUCAGAAGAGCAAGAAGCCUCCACAUCAUGUGCCACAUACCUGUCUUCUGCUGGAUCUCAUCCACUGUGCUUCAAAAGCUUCUGAAAGAAGAUCUGAGUGCAGAAAUCCCUCAAACUCUGACUGAAAUGUACAUCCACUUCCUUCUGAUUCAGAUCAACAUGAGGAAUCAGAAGUAUGAAGAGAGAGAUCCAGAGAAACUGCUGCAGUCCAACAGAGAAGUGAUUGUGAAACUUGCUGAAGUGGCUUUCAAACAGCUGAUGAAGGGCAAUGUGAUGUUCUAUGAGGAGGACCUGAGAGAGAGCGGCAUAGACGUCACUGACGCCUCAGUGUAUUCUGGGAUUUGCACUGAGAUAUUCAAAGAGGAAUCUGUGAUUCAUCAGAAGAAAGUCUACAGCUUCAUUCAUCUGAGCGUUCAGGAGUUUCUUGCUGCUCUCCAUGUAUUCUACUACCAUGUGAAUACAACUAUGGAGAAUCUGAAGAAUUUUUUAUCAUUACAAAAUCUACUCAAAGGUGCAGUAGAUAAGGCUCUUGAGAGUGAGAAUGGACACCUGGAUCUGUUCCUGCGGUUCCUGCUGGGUGUCUCACUGGAGUCCAAUCAGAGGCUCUUACAGGAUCUACUGACACACACAGAGAACAGCUCAGAGAGCAUCAGGAGAACCACACAGUACAUUAAAGAGAAGAUCAAAGAUGGACAUGGACUCUCCACUGAAAGAUCCAUCAAUCUGUUCCUCUGUCUGCUGGAAGUGAAAGAUCAGACUCUGUCCAGAGAGAUUCAGGAGUUGGUGAAAUCAGACAAACACUCAGAGAAGAAACUCUCUCCUGCUGAUUGCUCAACAAUCGCCUACAUGCUUCAGAUGUCAGAGGAGGUGCUGGAUGAGCUGGACCUCAAGAAAUACAACUCAUCAGAUGAGGGGAGAAGAAGACUGAUACCAGCUGUGAUCAACUGCAGAAAGGCUCUACUUGCUGACUGUAAUCUCACUGCUCAGGAUUUUGAAAUUGUGUCAUCAGCUCUACAGUCAUCAAGCUCUGUCCUGAGAGAGCUGGACCUGAGUAACAAUGACCUGCAGGAUUCUGGAGUUUAUCUGCUCUCUGAUGGACUGAAGAGUCCAAACUGUCAGCUGGAGAUACUGAGGUUGUCUGGCUGUAUGGUGACAGAGGAAGGCUGUGGUUAUGUGUCUUCAGCUCUGAGUUCAAACCCCUCACACCUGAGAGAGCUGGAUCUGAGCUACAAUAACCCAGGACAAUCAGGAGUCAAGCUGCUCAAUGACAAACUGAAGGAUCCAAACUGCUCACUGCAGAUUCUCAAUUUGGACCAUGGAGGACAUCUCAGGAUCACACCAGGACUGAGAAAAUAUGCCUGUGAUCUCACGCUGGAUCCAAACACAGCUCACACUCAACUCCUCCUGUCUGAGGACAACAGAGAGGUGACGAGAGUGAAAGAGCAUCAGCCGUAUCCUGAUCAUCCAGACAGAUUUGAGAACUGUGAGCAGGUUCUGAGUCGAGAGAGUCUGACUGGACGCUGUUACUGGGAGGUUGAAUGGAGUGGAUCGGGUCAUGUAGCAGUGGCAUAUAAAGGAAUAAAAAGGGAAGGUGGCAGUGACUGUCGGUUUGGACUCAGUGACAAAUCCUGGAAAAUUUACUGCUGUGAUGAUAAUUACUCGGUCUGGCAUGAGAAUAAGAGCACAAACAUUCCCUCAUCUUCAGCCCGCUCUAACAGAGUUGGAGUGUAUGUGGACGUGUCGGCCGGCACUCUGUCCUUCUACAGCGUCUCUGACACACACACACUCACACACUUACACACAUUCAACACCACAUUCACUGAACCCCUCUAUGCUGGAUUCAGGGUUCAUGAGGCCUCAGUGUCUCUGUGUCAGAUUUAACAUCCUCCUGUGAGGAACCACAGAGACAUCAGUGGAAGGCCAUUUCAAUGAAGAGGUUAUUGUUAUUAAUUCAAAUUGUGACGUUUGUGCAAUUGCAAGUUAAAAUUAAAAGCUAGUCUUGCCAUAGAUGUAAUUGAUAAGAUUAUAUAUUGUUUUGCUAAUAUGAAUGAAUUACUGGAAAUUCAGAAUAUUUUGUGAGGCUGUUCUGAUGCAGAUUAAUGCUUUUUAGGGUGCUUUCACACUUUAUUUCCCUAUUGCCUGGUCCAAACCUGAGUUCAAUUGCUCCCCCUCCAUCCUGCCCCUGCUGGACUGUGUUCAUUUUAUAUUAUUUGGGUCUGAACCGCGGUGCAUUUGUGCAGUCAAAUCAGCAGCUGUUUAACCUGUUGCUCGGUAACAACAGCACGAGGGAGGUGGCAAAAUGCAUAGUGUUCCUCAACUCACUUUUAUAUUUAGUUUUUUAACUGUUGGUUUUGUUUCUAGCACAUAAAAGCACUUGCAUCUAUCUGUCGAGAAUGCAAAUGUUCCAAAGUGUUCAAACAUUAUCUAAAGCACCCUUAAACUCUCCAUUAAACAGGACAGGUAAUUAUAAUAGUUAUAUCUAUUAUAUAUUCACAUGAGCUAGAUAAGCUACAAAAGGGUCUUUUUUUUUUCCUGAACAUUUCAUACCAUUUCAUAAUUUUUGAAUUUUCAAUCGUUUUACCGUCCCAAUUUUUGUCAGCCCUCCUCUGAAGGUUAUGAAGGUCUGUAGGUCACUGGUAUCAUGUAUUGUCUGUUACUCUGUGUGUGUUUCAGUGCAGACUUCAGUGAAUCAAAGGUGAUGAUCUGCAGAAACACUCUGGCUCUUCAUUUGGUGUGAUCUUAUAAAAGCUACUGUAGAUGUCCUCACUGUUUCAGAUGAUCCACAGACUCAAUUUCAUCCUGCUGGAUUGUCACAACCUGUUACUGUUAAUGUGUUUUCUCUCUGUUCAACUGAUUAUGUAGGUAACAUCCCUUCUUAAAAUGUAAAUUCUGUCAUCAUUUACUCACCCUUAAAUUGUUCCAAACCUGUAUGAAUUUCCUUGUUCUCCUGAACACAAAGGAAGAUAUUUUGAAGAAUGUUUGUAACCAAACAGAUCUGGGGCACCAUUGACUUCCAUGGUAUUGUUUUUUUUUUCUACUAUGGUAGGUAAUGAUGCCCCAGAUCUGCUUCUUUUUAAAAACAUUCUUCAAAAUAUACAGGUUUGGAUCAAUUUGAGGAUGAGUAAAUGAUGACACAAUUUUCAUUUUUGGGUGAACUAUCCCUUUAAUGAUUGAUUAUAACUGUAAUGACAAACUUUUGCCGCACUAAAAUUGAAUUCAUGUUUUGUUGUCAUUUUUUUUUUCUGUUGUCUUUGCAAAAUGUCUGCUAGCUAAAAAUCUAAGCAGUUUGUGUUGCUACUUUGACAUGUUACAUUUUAUAUUUAUCUGUAUUUAUGUAAACAUUAAACAUUGAGAUGAUGCAGUGAUUUAGUGUGUGAUUAAAGCAUGUGUCUGUGGACAGACGUCACAUAUUUACACAAGCUAAAUAUGAAUAAGCUAAAUUUAAGUUACAAUUAAUGGCAAAAUAUAAAUGUACAUGACUGAAUCAAGCUGACUUCAUUAGGUUGUAUUAGCGAAAGUAACUUUAGGGUGAAAAUGUCUCUUUACUGUAACAUCUGCACAGUGUAACACUGGGUUACUGGUUUUCUUCAAUAAAUCUUUGCACAUUGUGAAUCACA